CCUUUGCUUCUCUCUCCUGAACGAAACUACAUCUCCCAGCAGGCACCGUGCCUCUUUAUAUAGAUUAUGCAGACGUCGCACGUUUUGUCUACCGUGCAGCAGAUGCUUCCGGGCUAGUCGCCGCGCGCUCGGGGAUGUUCGGGCUUAGCCUCCGCCGCGUGGUCCGCGCGCGCGGAAGGCUGCGCGCGCAUUUCAGCACCCCGCCGGCUUGGUAUCACUUGCUGAACCUCAAAAAAGUAGACAAGUCAAUGGGAAAAACCCCCAAUAAAAUAAACUACUUGAAACCCUUAAAGUCACUGGAGCCUGAUUCGUUGUUGAAACUACUGAAAACAUCUAUAGUACAUGCGGAUGGUACCCUUGUGGCCAUUAACAAACCUUGUGGUAUCCCUAUAUCAGGCAAGCCAGAAGAACUGACUUUGCAAUAUGUUCUGCCACAGCUAAGCCAGAAUCUAAAUCUCCCACAAAAUCUCCAGGUGAUCAAAGCUCCAGAAAAGGAAGGUUCUGGACUUGUUCUGCUGUCAAGCUGCCCAAACACCACCCGAUAUCUCCAAGGUUUUUACAGUCAGCGUAAGAAGAAAAAACAGCCAGUUGCUACUUACUGUGCUGUUACUACCAGGAUUCCAGUAGCUACGGAAGGAGAAAUACAUACAGGCCUCAAGAUGGUGGACAUUGAUGGCUUUGACGUGGUAGUGCCAGUGGCUUCCCCUUCUCGUAAGAGCCUCGAAACCAAGGAGGUAAAAAAGACACUGUCGUACUACAAAGUGCUAGACUCAAAGGAGGGCUGCGCCCUGUUGCAGCUGCAGCCAGUGACAACUUUCCGGAACCAGAUGCUGGUACACCUGACCCUGAUCCUGAGCCCUGUGCUAGGCGAUCACGUGUAUUCUUCUCGGGUGGGAACAGUUCUUGGAGAACCUUUUCUCUUGCCUGCCGAGGAGACUCCGCCUCGGACACAGGUUCUAGAGGAACAUGUGAUGCAAAAGCUCCGGUUACGGCAACAAGUGAUGUUUCGCUUGCAGCUUCAUCUCCAUCUCCACCAACUUCUGCUCCCUGACGGUUGCUGUUCUUCCCGCACUCUAUUGGUGGCCCCCCCUCCUCCUUUUUUCCUCCAGACACUUCAUAACCUCGGACUUAACCUGCCCCCUAUGAGCAGCAAGCAGUGAAAAAGUCUGCAAAGCGUUUGUCUGGAUUCAUUCGUUGCUGGCAGCCCAGUCAAGUGGAUGCAGUUGCCGUUAAAAUCUGGGCCCACACAAGGAAAAGGUCCUGUCCUUGUGGAAGAAAGCUUCUGCUCCUUCUGGAAAGAGGCUCAGAUAUAUAUUAUAUUCCUCCAGAGUUGCUUGAACGGGUGGCGUACAAAUGACUGAUAGUGAAAAAGUAUUUAUCAGAAAGUGUGAGAGGAAGGAAAUUUCUAAGUAAAAACCUAUUUUGUAAUUAGCUGGUAUAAUCUGGCUACAGAAGAUAUAUUAAGGAGGCAUUUCUGAUUGGUUGGGAUUUUUUUUAAAGCUGCUAUACCCAUGGAACUGGGUUGGUUUUUUUUUUUUUUAGCCAUCAAACUUUAUGCGUGUGUGUGGUAGUGUCACAGCAACCCAGGCCCUAUUAUUAUUAGGAUUUAUGCAUUCUUAAUAUCUAGAUCUGUGAUGGCGAACCUAUGGCAUGCAGAGCCCUUGCCCAGCUCAGCUCUACUGCACAUGCGUGGCUCCCACUGGCCAGCUAAUUUUUAGGAUGGGCAGGGCAGAUGCGGGAGACACGCGUGCAUGCGGGGGAGGUGCGCACAUGCGCGGGAGUGGGGGGGUGCACCCUCCCCACAGCCCAUUCUUGGUCCCAGGAAGCUGCAGGUGUUUCAAGUAGUUUUAAUCAAAAUGCAGUUAAAACACUAUACAAGCCAUCAAGGAUAUAAAUACCUAUAUUUAUAAAUAUAGAUAUAGGUAUAAAUACCUAUAUAUUUAUAAAUACCUAUAUACAACAGGAAGAGGAAGUGCCUCACAGAAGCAAAUAGAGGUAAAUCCUAGAGAGGCAAGAAAUGCAUCACAAAACAAUGGAGAUGAAUGCUAAAGAGGAAUAAAGCUACAUACAAGGCAGACAUAACACCUGUAACAGGGAGGCCUACUAGGCCCAAAAGGGGGGGGGGUCGUGUGUGUAUGCGCAGGGGGUCACAUUGCAUUAUGGGUGCCAGCAUGCGUGUGUGCUAUUGCGCGUGUGCGUGCUUUAGGCACACAACGACAAAAAGGUUAGCCAUCACUGAUCUAGAUAAUGUAUGAAAGAAAAUGUACUUAAUAUUUUCUCAAUAUUAAGAAGCAGUAAGCAACAAAUUAUAUGUUGACUUAGGACUGCUGGGUGGAUGAGGAGCUGAGCAUCCAGGCAGAGAAAAAUUAGGGGAAUGUUCUUUUCCAAACUAUUUUUAGUUAUCAAAUGAGUUGCAUUGCAUCGAAAAAUGCAAAGGAGAGCUCUGAAUUUGCAGAACAAUUUUGCCAAUAAAUUACUUCUUUGGCAUACAGUACAGUAGGCAGUUGCUGCUGAUUCCAGAGAAAAAUAUGUCUUGUUCUCAAUUGCAUGGAGCUCAGUUUUCAUGUCAAAACAUUAUCUAAUUCACUCUUAAAUAUUCUCAGAGUGACUUAGAUCAGGCAACAGUAACUUUUUCAUCUGCUAUUGUGCUGUGGAUUAAAAAUAAUAACAUUGAAAAUAGUCUAAUCAUACAA